UACAAAAGGUAGCAGUGUGGCACGCCGGAGAGGACGACGGUUUGUACGGGCUUCAACCAGCGUAGUCCGGUCGAGCAGAUGGUGGCGCCGGAGACGGGGACGGCGGCCGGCCGCAAGACCUGGCCGGACGAGUGCAAGAGCCUGUGGCAGAUCGCUGGGCCGGUGAUCCUCACCGGGGUCUUCCAGUUCCUGAUAGGGUUCGUCACCGCGGCCUUCGUCGGCCACAUCGGCAAGGUCGAGCUCGCCGCCGUCUCCAUAGUCAACGGCGUCAUCGAAGGCCUCGCCUUCGGCCUCCUGCUUGGCAUGGGGAGCGCCCUGGAGACGCUGUGCGGGCAGGCGGUGGGAGCCGGGCAGCUCCACACGCUGGGCGUCUACCUGCAGCGGUCGUGGAUCAUCUGCCUCGCCACGGCAGCCGCGCUGCUCCCGAUCUACGCGUUCACGGACCCAAUCCUCCGCCUGCUCCGGCAGUCCCCGGCCAUCUCGGCGGUGGCGGGACGGUACGCCCGGUGGUGCGUGCCGCAGCUCUUCGCCUACGCCGUCAACUUCCCCAUGCAGAAGUUCUACCAGGCGCAGAGCCGGGUGUGGGUCAUGACGCUCAUCUCCGGCGCCGUCGUCGGCGUGCACGCGCUGCUCAGCUGGCUCGUCGUGGCAAGGCUCGGGCGGGGCCUCCUGGGCGCGGCCAUGGUUGGCAACGUGUCGUGGUGGCUCAUCAACGCGGCGCAGUUCGUGUACGUCGUCGGCGGGUCGUUCCCGGAGGCAUGGACGGGGUUCUCGCAGAAGACGUUCGCCAGCCUCGGCGGCUUCGUCAAGCUCUCGCUCGCGUCCGCCGUCAUGCUGUGCCUGGAGAUGUGGUACUAUACAGCAGUGCUCAUUUUGGUGGGUUGCUUGAAGAACCCGGAGAUUCAAGUUGGGGCCGUUUCAAUAUGCAUGAACUAUAACAUCUGGACGUUGAUGGUGUCUGUUGGCUUUAAUGCUGCAGUGAGUGUUCGCGUGGCAAACGAACUUGGCGCCAGACACCCGAAAGCAGCCAAGUUCUCGGUCGUCGUGGCCGUCAUCACGUCGGUUGCCGUUGGUCUCAUCUUCACGCUCGUCACCCUCGUGGCGAGGAAGCAACUGCCGAGGCUCUUCACCAGCGACGAUCUGCUUGUCAAGGAGACAACAAAACUAGGGUAUCUUCUGGCUGCCACCAUAUCUCUCAACAGCAUCCAGCCGGUGUUAUCAGGAGUGGCGAUUGGGGCUGGAUGGCAAUCCUUGGUCGCAUUCGUGAACAUUGCAUGUUACUAUCUUGUUGGCUUGCCUCUUGCAGCUGUUUUUGGCUUCAAGUUGAAACUUAACGCAACAGGGAUUUGGGUGGGGAUGCUGAUCGGCACGAUUUUGCAGACCACCAUUCUGUUUGUGAUCCUCUUCAAAACUAAAUGGGAGAAAGAGGCUAUGCUGGCGGAAGAGCGGGUGCGAGCCUGGGGAGGAAGCGUCGAGCUGCCGACCAUCGAAGAAACGAGAUGAAACGUGAAUUGGAAAAUUUGACCAUGCACAAAUUAUACCAAUUUGAUUGGAAAUGGGUCACAUAGAAUGAAGAGAAGAUGGCAUAAGCAUGAUUGCCAGUUUUCGGUUAUGAAAAUUUGGCGAUUUUGGUGUUCAUAUCUUUUCCUUGAAGAAUGUCAGAAAUUUAUGCAUGGUAGCCUAUCUGAAAACCUUCUAGUGCAACCGGUAGGGGGUGUUCUUUAUUUUUCAAUGAAGAAGCUUAGAAGUUUAUGCAUCGUAGCACUUUUUAACCUCCCAGUGAAACAAUUAAAUGUAACCGGAUCGACAUAAGAUUUUAAAUUUAUUAUUCUAUACCAUAUUUUCUUUCAGAUUCUAA